GCAGAAGGAUCGAGUACAGGAAAAAAUCAGUGACAGCAGUUGCAGAAGGAUCGAGUACAGGAAAAAAUCAGUGACAGCACUGCUCAGAAGAUCGACAGAAAGCUACGAUCAUGCGAGCAGAAAGAUAACUUUGACGCCRAAGAUAUGUCUUCGAAAAAGUAUCCUAUAUUUUACCCACCUCCGUUGCCAACUGAAUUGAGAGAGGAAGCAUCUACAUCAUCCGCAAAGUACUGCGUUGCCCCCGUACCUCGGUAUGGGCAGCAUCGCAGCAAUAAAGAUGCAGUGAUGACAUUCGCGCAUGGUUAUCAAUUGCCACAGUUAAUUAACUUUGUGAUGAGUCUUUGGGAAACCGRUUACAAYGGAGACUUGGUGAUCGGUGUCGGCACUAACCUGACCGAAGAAACCCGUACUUUUUUAGAGGARAGUGCACAAAAUCGACCUGGUCUUGUGGUGUACGAAAUAUCUUUACCCUGUCAAAGGAAAAACUCGUGUAAAUCAGCAAAUAUAAUUGAACAGGAAGAUUCAAAUGGAAGCGAUGGCUGGGUUCCGUUGUCUGACACUCGACCAUAUCGUCGGGUCUCAGUCGUUCGUUACGAAUACUAUUGGGCUUGGGCAAAACGAUACAACUCAAAGUCAUUAAUCUUCCUUACUGAUGCCCGCGACGUUUUCUUCCAGCGCAAUCCUUUUMAAGUUUACCGGCAUCAAACAAAACGCUCCGGUAAGGCCGGAACACUGGUUUUCUUUCAAGAAGCUAUAAAAAUAAGUGAAUCGAAAGCUAAUUCGAGAUGGAUCGAGAAAAUGUAUUCUUCUGAACUCAAAGACGAACUAGCAGAGAAAAUGGUCGUCUSUUCGGGAACAACCUUUGGGUCUCAGGCGGCUGUAGAAGUUUAUGCCCGUGCCAUGGUGUAUGAAUUCGACAAAACAAAAUGUAAGCAUUGCGCAAACAAAAACGACCAGGGUUUUCACAACUUUUUGAUUCAUAAGAAUCGACUUGAUGGGGCUAAUCGUGGAGGAAUUUCAAAAGUGCUYGUGCAUGCCCAGGGGCAGGGUGGUAUUGUCAAUGUUGUCGGUAUGGUAUCGAAAGCCAACGAUGGAAAGUCUCUCCACGAUCUGGGGUUGGUGAAUGCAGACACASAAGAGAUYUUAGAGAACGAUCACAAGACUGUCUCUGCUGUUGUUCAAAUGAAUGAUCGCGACAAGAGAUUGAAAGAUUGGGUCGAUUCACAAGUURAAARAAGAUUGUCUCUGUACAGAAGUUGUGGGAGUGACUAUCUAAUACAGACGGAUGAUUUUAAACAUGAAGAAGCGAUGACGAUUGGCGAUUGCUGAUAUGAAGAGCGAAGUCGCUGCGGCAAUGACGGUGACGUAUUGUUUUGUAUCAAAGACUGUGCUAGUGCAGCAACUUUUUAACCGAAGUGAAAUAGAUAACCUCURUAUUU